AGCUUAGUCGAUCAUUAUUAGCAUGGCUAAUUUAGCCAUAGAAUUUAUAUGUUAUUAGCAGUUCUUUGCAAUGUUUGAAUAGAUGUUCGGUGUUGCAAAUUUUGCAUAGAGUAUAGCAGAGACAAGGGAGUAUAGUGUUCUUUGAUUAUUUGCAGAGAUAAACUCUGAUUCUUUGGUUCACAGCUGACAGCUGAUAUAAAUUUACUUAUAAUCCUUAGAAGAAACUUCUUCUAAGUUAUAAUCCCAGUCCUGGUUUUGUCUGGUUAUAAAUUAUACUUAUCCGUGUCAAACUUGGUUUUUAUUAUGGGUAGUAAAAAGUUAAAUAUUAACAACGUGUUUGUCACUGUUGGGACAACAAAGUUUAAAAAAUUGAUUGAGACUAUAUUAUGCCCUGAAAUAAUCGAUAUUCUAAUACAAUUGGAGGUUAAAAAGGUAAUUCUACAAGUUGGGAAUGAUUGGUCUAUAGGCCACAAUUGUUCAAAAUAUAUAAAUUAUCAAAUAACUGUAGAGGAGGAGGAAUCCAAAAUAACAUACACAAAUCCAUGUGGAGGGGAAAUAGUGUUUGAAUGUGUUAAAUAUUUGGAGAAUUUUUUGGAAACUAUACAGCAAAAUGAUCUUAUUAUUAGCCAUGCAGGAGCUGGAACUUGUUUGGAGGUUUUAAAUCAAAAUAAACCUUUAAUUGUUGUUAUUAAUGAAGACUUGAUGAACAAUCAUCAAACUGAAUUGGCUAAGCAAUUGGAAGCAGAUGAAUUGGCUUUUUGCUCUAAUUGUGAUACAUUGAAAAAUGUUUUAAAAGAUAUUAAACCAAGAAAACCUUAUAUAGUAGGUGAUAAAAAUGUCUUUGGUAAAUACUUGGAUCAAUGUAUGGGUUUUGUGUAAAUAAA